GUUUCGCUGCCAUGGGAGACGGUGGAGUCAAUGAGAAGCCACAACCUGGGCGCUCAGCGAAGUGAGGCGUUUUCCCAGCCAUUUGGGACAAGGAGAAUGUGUACUGUCCAUCAAAUUGUGGAAAAUUAUUAUUUGAAAGAAGCUGUUAGAGAAGUACAUUGUGUUGAGUCCAAUACUCCACUGUCACACAUUCAGAUAGCUUGUUGCUGGCAAUAUUGUGCCUUCCCUCAUAACAAACGAGAUGUGUGCAUUUGGAAUAUCCAUAAUCCUAUACUACAGAGCCUGGAAUUAAAAGGCCAUCGUCAGUCAGUUACUGCUCUGGCAUUUGGACACCGAUGUGAACCAACACUUUUGUGUUCUGCAGCUGAAGAUUAUAUAAUUAUAUGGGAUGUAGAAGCAUGCCGAAUGAGGAUAGAGCAAGGCUUUGUACCGAGAGGAACUGUUGUAGGAACUCUUUUGGGAAUGGUGCUAUAUUUAUCCUUCAGUCCAGAUGAUCAAAUAGUGGCUACUUGUGCUGGCAACAAAAUCUAUGUGUUGAACUGUAAGCAGGAGGAUAUUUUGGCUGUUUUCGAAGGCCAUAUUGGUGUGGUAACGGCCGCAGAAUUUUGCCCUUGGCAAUCAAACAUACUUAUAUCGAUUUCGGAGGACAGGACCUUUAUGAUUUGGAAUCUCACCAAUAAAUUACUGCUAUGUCAGUCAGCAGUGUUAUCAAGCUGUUCUCUGUUGAGCUUGUGUAUGGAUAACACAGCCAAGCAAUUUAUCACUGGAUCUGCAAAUGGACAACUUGAUGUUUUCACAUCACUGGAUGGGCAGCAGUGCCGCCGUGUGCUUCAUAUCGACCUCCAGAAAGAACAGCAAAAAUACAACUAUAAGAUCCAGCAAAAAGUCAGAUUAGCAGAGAAUUCAGAUGUUGAGUGUACAAAUAGUUUGAGUAAUAGUGGGAAUCUGCCUUACUCUUCACACAAUUUCAAUGCCAAUGAUUCGGAAAGUGAAUCGCGUGCAUGUGUGGAAUUUCCAAUCCUCAAAAUGAUUCAUUGUGAAUAUUUAUUGAGUAGCUUGUUGAAAAAGGAUUCAAGUGAUAUACCAGAAAAUUCCAGUAGCCUAUGGAUAGGGAUGAUACAUGGCAUAUUCAAUUUGAAUCUUGCCACUGGUGAAGUUGACGCUGCUCUGCAAUUUGAAGAUCAUCUUGGAUUAAGCAUUCAGACAGCAGGAUCUUAUGCAAUAGGAAAUAGAAGCACUGACAAGAUUUUCUGUCUUCUUUCUUCUUUGUUUGGAAAGCAUAUUGCUCUGCUGGAAAUUGAUCUGCGUGAGCUUGCAGGAAUGUGUCCGCAGUAUAGAAAUGAAGCGGAACCACUCUCUAUCAUUGCCAGAACACCUUUGCUUCCCACUUCCCCUUUGAACUGUGAUACAAAGCAGAAAGAGAAGCCAACACUUCCAUCAAAGACAGUCAGCAGUGUCAAAGACAAGCCGGUGGUGUUUCAUACCAAAGUAAGAUCUUCUGGCUACACCUUGGCACCAAGCGUCAACAUGUUCACACCAAAGUUAAAUUCUCAAAAACGUGCCAACUCAGUCCCGAAGGAGAAAAAUAGUGGUCUCAAGGGAAUUACCAAAGAAUACCCACUUGACAGUCUGGCACCAAGCAGGCCCAGUGCACGAGUUGUUGUUUCAAACCAAUCAACACCUGUUUGCUGCAUCCAAUACUCGGGGGAUGGAAAGUUACUUGCUGUUGGAUUAGCUGACAAAUCCAUGCUAGUUUAUAAUGCUUCACUUAGUGGAUCCCCAGCAGUGUUUAAAGGCCAUGAUGGAGCAGUGAACUGCGUGGGUUGGGCACAGAAUAAUAAGUGGCUCUUAACAGCAUCAGAAGAUAGAUCGUUAUGGAUCUGGCCAGUUCAAGGCUCAACACCUGCAUUGAUGUUGGGACCUGAGACACUUUCAAAGCCAGCACGAUCAGCUCAGUUCUAUUAUAUGGACAAAUUUCUGUUGUUCUCUUCAGGAUCAGAGUUUCAAUUGCACAGAUACCAUUUGGAUACAAGCAGGGAUGAUAUUAAAAGUUAUAAAAAGAAGAGCAAGAGCAGAAUGGUUGGCAAGUUCAAGAUGGCUGGCACACAGGAGAUCAGUUGCCUCUCUGCAGUGAAUGACUUCUAUUCCUAUAUUAUUCUGACAGCUGGCACAAACCGUGCAUUGGAGGUGUUUGAUCUGAAUGUUGGUCGAAGUGUAGUAACUGUUCCAGAUGUUCAUACUAGACCUGUGCAUCAGAUCUGCCAGAAUAAUGGCUCAGUGUUUAGUAGUCAGCCUUCAGAUUUCUAUAAUCUCUUUCUGACUACCGCUGUAACUGAUGGGAUCAAACUAUGGGACCUGCGGACACUAAGAUCUGUACGCCGAUAUGAAGGACACGUGAACCGUUGUCAACACUGUGGCAUUGCCCUGAGCCCCUGUGGAAGAUUUUUAGCUACAGGCUCUGAAGAUAAAUGUGCGUAUUUGUUUGAACUCUCCUCCAGUAACUACAUCCACAAAUUAACAGGACAUACAGAAACUGUCAUUAAUGUGGCUUUUAGCUCUUCUACACCCAAGCUAACCACCGCAACUUUGGAUGGCAAGCUUCAACUCUUCGUACCAUAGUGGAAGAGGACCUUGAAGGUAGAAGGAUGAAGAUUGGACACAGCAAGGCAAAGCCAUCUCAUAAACGGAAAGCAAAAAGGACGUUCCAUGGGUGGGUGGGUGGUCAUCUGCAAGAAAGAGGGAGGAUAUUUGGAACCAACUGUAAAUGUCCUGGAAACUAGGAGACAGUUAACAGGAGAAUUCAAAAGUUCAUGCUGAAAUCAGCAGCGUGUGCAUUCAAUUCUCACCCCCUCUGGAAUAAAGGGCUUCUCGUGAGAAGCUUGGAGGGGACACAAAAUAUACAUUGCAAUGCCAGAAAUGAGAAUUGCUUUUCUGUGACUCUUCUGAAAAGAUAACAUAGAUAACAAAAGAUUCACUGUCCCAAAACAUAAAACUAUGUUUAGUGACACAUAUUCCCUCUGUUUUGGAGAUGUGUUAGUUUGUUGAAACUUUAAUGAGGGUAGGAAGUGAAUAAUAUAUUCUCCCAUCCUUUUACUAAUUGAUAGUUGUAAACUAAUGACACUGGAAUCAUUCUCCUUAGCCUUAAGAUUGAGUCAAAUAUUUCCUUUUUCAUCACACAUUCCCUCAACAAAAAUGGGCUUGUGUUGAGAAACUAAUGUUUCUAGUGAAAAGUGUGUGCUUGAAUGCUAUUUGAUGUUACUCUAUGUUCCUGGUAAUUGGAUUGCGUAUGUUCCGCAUUCACUCCAAUCAAUAUAUUUACAGCAAAAAGUCCAUAUCAUUCUGCAUUAUAUAUGGAGCCUUAAAGAUGCUUGCAGAUAAUAAAUGCGGAUAGUUAUUGGUGCUGUUCACGUUUGGUGAUGACAUGAGGACAGUAAAAGUGAUGGAUUUCCAUGGCUUUCUCAUAGGCUCACCCACUGCAUUCACUCGUGAGCGGCUUCUUGCAAUCAUUCCCCCCAUCUAUUUAAUACAGGUUGAAACUCUCUGGUCCAACAUUCUAUGGUCAGGCAAUUCCCGUGAACCAGCAUAUUUUAAAUCUAUAAUAUAGGUCUGUACUAAUAAUUCUAAUUAAGACCUAACUACAAACUAAAAUUAACUAAGAUCUGCACUAAUCUGUAACUAAUUAAUCUACCAGUGCAAUUUUGCAUCCUCUGUCGAUAGCGAUUCAGCCAACAGCAUUUCUGACUUGGGGACAUUUUGAGUUAUGGAUGGUUGUUGAAACCCUUCAGUUUCCAUUUCCCACAUCUAUCCACCAUACUUAGAAAGAACAAUUCUCCUGAUCAUCGAAAGAUGAAAGGGCUGAUAUCUCGUUGGAUCACCAUUCAGGUCCCAAAAGUGCUGUUUUUUUAAAGGUUCAACCUGUAUAAUUAAAUCCCACUGUGCUCACUAUGUAAAGUGAUCUAUACCAUGAAUAAACUUCAGCCUGUCUGUUUGGUUAGACUACAUCUUGAAGCCUUCUCUCAAUUUCUCAGGAAUCAUUCUCACUCACCCCCCAAACAGCUGGUGAUGGACACAUUCACAUCCCGUCACUUUACAAGCAGAUAAGCAUUGAUAACUAGGGAUACAAGGUACUAUAUUACUCAAUUUGUUUAUGAGCAUUUGUACAUGUUGUCUGUUUUUAAUUUCCAAAUUAUUGCUCUUUAUUUGAUAAUAUUUUCAGUUACAACUUUACCAGUUGGAAAUUUGCAUCUGUUGUUAUUUUGUGAUAUUGCUUCAUUGUAACAUACUUUGUUAGCCAUGGGUUCAUGGACUAAUAAAUACAAACUCCUAGAAAAA